AAGGCUGCGCUCUGUAUCCCAGCUGUGAGGUGUGUGCCAGAGCCCGAGGACUGGGCUGUGUGUGGAGCACAGAGGAGGAGGCCUGCAGGCCAACAACUGCAGAGCCUGGUCCAGGUGAUAUGGUAGACAACGCCUUGAAAAAGUGUACUAUAGAGGGGCGUUGCAGCCCGUCCAUAAGGGAGCUGCGAGUGUCUCUGGGUCUGCGCCUCCUGUUGCCAUGUGUCCAGCUGUCUCCCAGGCCCUGUAGCUGGGAGCAUCCUCCCCACAGACACACCAGGCAGCACCACUCAGACCUGGAGGUGACUGUCACAGAGGACAGCCUGGGGAGAUACAUCUGCACAUGCCAGGAGGCGGGACAAGGUAGCAGAGACCCCACCCCCUGCCGCAGAGCAGCCUAUCAGCUGACACUAGAAGCCCCCAGUGUUGGAGGAACCAUGGCGACAGCAGGAGGCCGUCACGUCCUGGCCAUUUACAUCCUUUUCUUCAUCUUGGGUUUAAUGUUUGGUUUAUUUCUCCUCUACUUCGUGACCCACCGGCGCAGCAUUGCCCUCCAGGGUCACCACCUGCCAGAUAAUUCGCUGUCGUCAGAGAAGGGGCGGGACUUGCUGGGCUCCUCAGCCACGCCACAGUCCCCCAGCAGUGCCAGUCUGCUGUCCGAGGGAUUUAGAUUGACAGAAAAACGUAACGGGACGUCGAACACAAACACGACUACAACGCUCCUCAGCAACCAGGGGAAUGGUGGUCACCAUGGCAACAGCUACAACGGCACCCAGAUCCACAGCAACCCCAGCAAUGGCCAUGGGAAUGCCCUGUAUACCAACUGCAACACAAGUAGCAGCGGGCUUAAGUUCGCCUCCGAAAUAUUAGCUGCAGAUUUGCUGGAUGGAAGGACGGGGGAGAGGGAGAGGGGGAGGUCGGAGGGGGUUGAGAGGGAGUCGGGGGAGGGGGACGAGGUGGAUGAGGGACUGGGGGACGGGUUAGGGGAUGGAAUAAAAGGACUGGAGGAGGAGUUGGCCAGCUUUACCAUGUUUAAAUCACCAGCGCCGCUGGCUAAAUACCUGCACAGGUCCAAAGGACUGCUGAGCCAUAGACUAACCAGUCGGACUGCACCGGUUCUGAGCUUCAAACAGAAACGUCUGUCUGCUCACCGUCUGAAACUAAAGAACCAUGAAGAGCCCCUCAGAUGGUCUUUAGUGACCGUGUCCUGCUUACCCUGGACACUUAAGGAGGAUGAUAGGGUUCAGGGUCACCUAUCAGAUUUGUUUCAGUGUGGAAAGCUCAAGAUGCACAGCCGAUGUGUGACGACAGAUGAGGAACGCAGCCCGGCCAGCCAAUCAGACGCAGUCGCUUAG